CUGAUCCGAGUUGACCGUUCAAGAUGGCGGAGUAUCUUGCGUCCAUUUUUAGUGCAGAAAAAGACAAGGUCAACUGCGCCUUUUAUUUCAAAAUUGGAGCCUGUCGUCAUGGAGAUCGAUGUUCUAGAUUGCACAAUAAACCAACUUUCAGUCAGACCAUCUUGAUUUAAAACAUCUACCGUAACCCCCAAAAGAGUGCACAGACAGCCGACACUUCUCGCUACCAUUGUCCUCUUGAACAUAUACCGUAACACAAAAACUCUGCCCAGUCUGCUGAUGGUUUACACUGUGCUGUUAGUGAUUUGGAAAUGCAGGAACAUUAUGACGAGUUUUUUUUAGGGAGUCUUCACAGAAAUGGAGAAGUAUGGAGAGGUUGAGGAGAUGAAUUUGUGCGAUAACCUUGGUGAUCAUUUGGUCGGAAAUGUUUAUGUGAAGUUUUGGAGGGAAGAGGAUGCUGAGAAGACUGUAUUGGACUUAAAUAAUCGCUGGUGUAAUGGCCAACCAAUACAUUCAGAGCUCUCACCAGUUACGGACUUCAGAGAAGCCUGCUGUAGACAGUAUGAAAUGGGGGAGUGCACUAGAGGCGGUUUCUGUAAUUUCAUGCACUUGAAACCCAUUUCUCGAGAGCUGAGGAGAGAGCGUUAUGGACGUCAUAGAAAAAGACAUCGUUCUCGGUCAAGAUCUCGUGAAAGACGCUCUCGUGACCACAACCGUGGAGGUCGUGAACGUGAGAGGAGAAGAUCAAGAGAUCGUGAACGUUCUGGAAGAUUUUGAGCCGUGACACAGUUUUGCUGCCUAUGUUUUGUUGCUUAGUGUCAUCAACCAAUGACCAGCAUUUGUGUGAGACAUCAGAUGCCGUCGUUACUUGCUUGAAACCCUUUAGU